AUGUGCGUUUUGCACCUCAUCUCCUACGGCUGUGGCUGCAAAGUCACAGGCACCUGCUUUUGCGAGUCGGCGUUGGCCGCUGCCAGCCACAACCCUUCGUACGCCGUCGCGUGCGUCGACAUCUCCCUGCCUUCUGCCGAGAUCGAGAGAGCCCACGCCUGCUUCCGACCCCAGUGUCCCAAAAAGUCCAGAUUCGAGCCCUGGCGGUGCUGCGAGUGCGGCGGGGGGCCCAACGAGGACACGAUUUGCAAGUACAAGUUGGCCCAAGUACCCGACUAUCUGAAGAAGUGUAACGAGUUUGACGGCGACGGCUUUUGUAAUCACAACCUUUGCAUGAACUGUCCCAGAUUUCGGUCGUUUGCGUAUGAUGGAACAUUUCGAAACUUCCUGGCAAGCCAGCCUGUCGUGAAUGUAAGGCGGUCUGUUACGGCUGUAGCUGGCGACAACGAAAAUCAGCUGGCAGAUUAA